AGAGAGAGUGAAGGACCCCACGGCGUGCCGUCGCGGCUGCAGCUCCCCAGAAACUGCCGUCGCCUUUCCCCCCGGCCAAAAGCAAGGCGAACCAACGGCAACCAGCCCCUCCCCGAUCGACCCCGGCGCGUGUGGCCCGCACCGCUCGCCCCUCCUCCCCGCUCUCAUCCUCGUCGACUCCGCCCAAUCCAGUCCAAACCCUUCUUCGCCCAGCCCCCACCGGUCCCGAGGCGGGAGGAGGCUGAGCCUGUUCCGUCGGGGGGCGGGGGUCGAGAUGUUCGCGAGCAGGCCGGCGGUGCACCCGGUGGAGGCGCCGCCGCCGACGGAUCCGGUGGAGCAGCCCACGGGGGUGCUCAUGAAGGACCUGCCCGGGAUGCCCGGCACGGCCGGCGGCCUCGCGCUCCGCCUCGCGCAGUUCGCCUUCGCAGCCGUCGCGCUCGCCGUCAUGGCCUCCACCAACGACUUCCCCUCCGUCAGCGCCUUCUGCUAUCUUGUUGCAGCAACCAUAUUGCAAUGCCUGUGGAGCUUUUCGCUUGCCAUUGUCGAUAUCUAUGCAUUGCUUGUUAAGCGUUGUCUACGGAACCGCCGCGCUGUUUGCCUGUUCGCGAUUGGUGAUGGGAUCACGGCAGCACUGAUCUUCGGCGCAGCAUGCUCAUCAGCGGGCAUCACCGUCUUAAUCGACAACGAUCUGAACAUCUGUGCCGAGAACCACUGCGGAAGCUUUGAGACCGCGACGGCGAUGGCGUUCAUGAGCUGGUUCGCUCUGACACCGUCCUUCCUGCUGAACUUCUGGUCGAUGGCUUCCCGAUGAAAAACAACGAGGAAGAUAUAGCUUGACUUGGAACUGUUUUGUGCGCCCAGUUAUGGUUUAGCGGCAUCUGGAUAGAGUUGGCACAGCUAAUCGCAUUGUGAUCGGAAGCUGAUGUGCGCCUGUGGAGACACACACGUAUCUAGCACUACACCUAUGUAAAAAAGUGGAAUAGGUAAUCAAUGGCUUGUCUUGAACAUUGUGUUGCUAUGGAACUCUACUAGGAUUCUUUUGACCCCAGGCAAGCGCGUGCCCUGUAUAACGCUUUGAUGUCCUGAACCAAACUGGUUGAGUUUUGCCCUGAA